GAUUAUUUUGGGGAGUGCGCGAGGGCAGCGGCGCGCGAGGCUCAUGGAUAUUCUAGCCUUGGAUUACAAUAUUUGAACAUGAGGACGGGUUUCUAAGCUGGCAGCCGUUCAUUCAGCGUCCACCUCCGAAAUGGCUCCGUCCCUGUCGAAGCUGACCCCCGCCUUGUACGAGAUCACCACUCAGACGAGCAAGAAGGUGCUCACGUUCGUGCUAGAGGCGGGCACUCCCAGGAGACAGGCUGGCAAGACCUUUUACGAGUACCUCAUACAGGUGAAGAUGAUCCCUAUGGCAACAAUACGCAAGAAGUUUAAUCAGAGUCAAAGGAAAAAGAUGGAGAAGAGUGAUAUCACGACAUAUGAUGUCUCACUUUUAUACAUCUGCAUCAUAUUCGGCUGUGAUGGAUUGGCACCUCCGGGAGAUGCUCAGUGGACGACGUUUGGCAACACACUUGAAUGGUGCAUAACAUCCAUCAAGAAUCGUAGGAAUGACUUCCUACAUGAAGAGUAUGUUGUGGAUGAUCAAUUGUUUUUUAGGGUGAUAGAGGAGCUGAGAGAUCUGCUUAAUAAGGCCCUCAAGAAAGCAGCAGAAAUCUACAACAUAGAUGAUGAUAUCAUCCAAAGUAAAUUGGAAGAUCUAAACAAAGAGAUCAACAGUCUCAGAGACAAUCCCUCACAGACAUCAGAUUGUCACGGAAUAGUUCUCGACAGACUGCGCCAGCAGGUGAAAGUCGAAGGGAAACGGGAGCUGAAGAAGAUUUACAGAAAGGAGUCCAGUUUUGGACCAGCUUCGAAUUUGCUUGGGAAAUCGAAGGUGCGUGUGGACAAGGUCUUCACCACGAUGAAAAUCAAGCAAGGUGGCUCACAUGAGUUAAUCCAAUAUAGUGAACUUCUUGCAAAAGCAGAGGAGAGACGGGGACAGAAAGGGAAAGACUGUUCCGUGUUGCUCAUUGAAGGGCCUGCAGGUGUUGGCAAGACAACCCUCACAAGAAAGAUGAUAAGUGACUGGGCCUCAGGCACUAGCUCCAUGGAGACUCUCACUGAUUAUGAUUUUGUAUAUUUAAGUAGGUGCCGAGACGAAAUAAAUUCCCUUGGCCACCUCCUUGGCUCUUUGAUGUCCAAAUUUAAAAUUAAAGUCCAAGGGGAACAUGGUCUAAUUGAGUGCAUUCAGCAAAAUAGACUCAUGUUCAUUGUGGAUGGGCUCGAUGAACUUCAUUCAUCAACAGAUAGAAUGCUGAGAGAAAUCAUGGAGAUGGGCAGAACCGAUGACAUAACUAUUCUCUGCACAACACGGCCCAACAAAGUCCCUGAUUUCAACAGAUAUGUACCAGACAAUUAUGACAUUAUGCAUGUCAAGGUUUUGGGUAUAGAAGAGAACAGACGUGAAGAGUUUGUCCGAAAUUAUAGCCAGGCUUUACAGGACCCAGGCUCCAUUGACAAAGACAUUUCUGGUCUUCUCGGGUAUCUGGCAAGAAAAGACAGUCGGAUGCAAGCCCACUGGCGGUUCCCCUUCAACUUGGUCCUCGUGACAAUAUUAUGGUUCCUUGACCCACAUGCUGUGAACAGUCUGACCACGGCAACAGAACUCUUCACAAAGACACAUGAGUUGUGCAUGAAAAGAUUGCUUCAGAGGCUGUCUGACCAUGAAGAAACAAGAACUCUGGACCAUGCUGAACUGAAACAAAAAACUGAGAAGUUCCUAAAGAUGUUCUGCAAAGAGGCUUUUAUCAACCAUUGUGGGAAUGCCAUAGUUUUGUCGAAGCCUUCAGUGCAAAGGCUCAUGGAGUCAUGUCGCCUUUUGAACCUCCCAGCAAAGGAGGUUCUUGGAGCAUUCCUGAUCCUGACAACUUCUCUGACAGAUGCGAAUGAAAAGCACAGUUUUCCGCAUAAAGGACUGCAAGACUUUUAUUCAGCCUUGCACAUGAUGGAGAUGCUUAUGGCGCAUGACCCGGGACUUAACAUCCCCAGUAUAAUAUCUGGAUUUGAGAAUGUUCUCCUUCAUGAAGAUGUUCCCCACGAUGUCAGAAGAUCUGUCAUAAAAGAUUGUAAUAAAACGUUAAGAAAAUGUCAACGAGCUUCAGCUAAGAAACUUCUUAGUAUCCAGGUUGUUCUGACAGAAGCCACCAAAGAAGCUGCCAUGUAUAACGGCCAAGAGGAGGAAACGAAUGACUUGGCUAAAUACCAGAAUAUUAUUGUCCACCUUACCGGUCUCCUUUACCUUAGAGGAAAGCCAUUGGCAGAGGAUACGUCAAGGAACCAGAAUAUUUUCAAGCGUCUCACCAAUGCCCUUCACCCGAGGGGAUUGCCAAAGGACAGAUCCACUGAGCUUGUGGAAUUACUCAAGGCCACUGGCAUUCGUGAUACAUCUCAGUGGCUGGAUUUGCUCUCCGAGGUCAAGUGCGACGGCACAGUGAGCGAAUUACUUGCCAAGGCGAUGGAUCUCACGGGACACAUAGAAAUAUCCGACGGCCAUUUAGCUGCAUUCAUGCGUGUUCUGAGUUACGCACGUCCGUCACUCUUGGUCCUAGACAUCAGCGGUGACCCUGAGGACAUCCCGUGCCUGCGGGAACUCCUCGUGGGGAUGAUAGACGCGACAUGGAAGGUGGAGCUAAGGCUCCGCCACGACUUCCGCCACCCGAGAGCCGAUGGGAGCGUCCUCGAUGUUACUCUUCAGCAAGUUUUCCGAAGCGGACGCCUCCAAGUCACGAAGUUCAGAGGGCAGUUGAGCGGAUCGACCUUGGCGGCGCUGCCCUCGAGUCUCAAGGAUCUAUAUUUGGCCGUGAAGGACGACGACCACUACCGGGAACUUCUUCUCACCCUGUCCUCUCUGCAAGGCCGGCUGCCAAGAAUGAAAUGGCUUGACCAAGGGAUGAUGCUUAGCAUAGCUGGUGUAUUGGUGGCGAGGAUGGAGUUCCACACCUACCAGAAUCUAGUUUGA